GUCCCUGUGGAUUUGGGACCCCGUUCGUCCCCCCACCCCACAUCCCUGCACAGGAAACCCCUGGCCCCUCCCCCUGCCCCCUGCAGGCCCCGCAGGGUGCUGUCCGCCCAGGAGCAGGCCCGCGCCGCCAUGUGCAGCCCGGGCAGCGAGCGGCCUGGCCGGAGGGCGUGUCCCAGCUCCGCGCCUUCUGGUUGUAUCAGCUCCAGCAGGAGAACCAGCUGAGGAUCUGCUCCUGCUUCAAGCUCCUCUUCCUGAGCUUUAAGGAGGCCUUGGAGGCGGGAGACUGGGAGGAGGAGGACUGGGACCCCGAGCCCGCGCAGCACCCCGGGGCGGGGCCCGAGGAGGGGCCGUCCCAGGGGAUGGGGCCCGGCGGGUGGCAGGGCCUGGAUCAGCCCGAACAGGGUGGGCUUGGGGACUGGGGCUCGGACACCCUGGCGUCAGACCCCGAUGAGUCCGAAGAGCUGGGCCUGAUGCCCACCGAGCUGACCCCUCAAAACGCGGCACCGCUGGGCCUGGGUCCCCAGCACGCUGACUGGACCCAGGGCCUUCCCUGGAGGUUUGGGGGGGUUCCUACCUGGUCCCACUGGCCGAGCCCCUAUGUCUUACCGCAGAGCUUUCCCCAGGAGAUCCUGCCCCCAGGGGAGCCCAUGCUGCUGGAGCUGGUCGCCACCGGGGAGGUGGACCUUGCACUGGCCGACACCUGGCUGCUGCGCCUGCCGGCCAUGGCCAUGGUGGGCGGCUCCGACGGCACCUACCUGCGGCACAUGUCGCCGCGGUGGGUCCGGAGGACGCCAGAGCCGCGCUGGGUCCUGCUGCUGGCGCCCAAUGACCAGUGUGUGCUGCGGUUCCAGAGCCCAGUCCCGGGCCAGGACCUGAGCCCCUGGCAGCUGAGCGUCCUGCAGAGCUGCCUAACAGGCCACGGUGCCUGGCUGAUCCCCGCGGGCACUGCCCUGCUGAUGUGGGGGUUCAGGGUCCUCUCUUACUCUCCCUGGAACAAAACAGAGGCAGAGGAGGGCGACGCGGCAUCUGGGCCAGAGGCCUCCCCCCAAGGGCAGGGUCCUGGCUUCGCUGGGACGGGCAGCUGGGGGGCCCGGGAGAGCCUGGGCCCUGAGGGAGCUUCCCUACUUCCAGCCCCUCAGCCCGAGGCCCAAGUGACCACCAGAGACUGGGAAGGACAGGCGGCUGCCCCUCCUCCCCAGCCAGGGCAGCUGUUGGCCGGGGACGGGGACUUGGGCCUGUGGUGGGAGGAUGGGGCGUGGCCCAGGGACUGACCGGUUCUCAGCGGGAAGCAGCACCCAUGUCCUGCUGGGGACGCUCGUGGAGUUGGAGCGUGACUGUGGCGCAGGUGUGUUUGUGGCUCGGGGACAAGACCCCUGCCCACCUGCCCUGGCCCGGCCACGGGGGAGCUGUCCUGUGGGAGGUGACCCGGUUUCGAAUGUUGGCUCUUUUAUGCAGUUUGACCAUUGGGUUCCUGUUUCUUUGUAUGUUGUUUUUUCAAUAAAACGAGCAUUUUGCAUCAAAGCCUUGGCGUCAUCCUCAGGUGGUCCCAGCUGAUGGCCUGUGGUCCCCGGUCUGGGUGAACCCCGUGACCGUUUCAAUCUCCCGGGAGGCGGAGAGGCGAGGGCUCUGGUCCGUCGUGGGGUUCAAGGUGGGGGUUGUUUCACGGGGGUUAGCACGUUGCGUAUAAACAAAAAUACAGCCUCAAAGAAGGGCCGUGUUGAACAACAAUGAGUGCUCCUGGCAUAAAACUGAAACCCACAGGCUGAGCUAGGGGUAGAAGGUUCUCAUCCUGUUCAUGAGACAGAGGCUCCGCCGGCCCCGGGAGAAGGCAGCGCUGCAGGUCUGGUCACCAGGGUGCGGUGGGCGGGGAAGAAGCUCUUGAUUGGCAGCUUCUGCUCAUCAGUGGCCCAUCUGGAGGCUCCCACAGUCCUCAAUUCGGGGGAGGGGGGGCUCUUACUGCUGCGUGAGGGGUGACGGACCAGCAGGCCCUCCUACUGACUGGCAUCUGCGGGUCCCACAUCGCGAAGGCAGCCAGUGCUCACUGCGUGGGACCAGGCAGGAGCAGAGCUGGUCGGAACCAACAAACCUCACAGUUCUGCGCGCACUCAGAGCCGCGGACGUGCCCAGCUCCUCCCAGAGGGGCCCACCUGGCCUCCCCUCCUCGCCCACCCUCCAGGUUACACAUGAGGCCUUUCAAAGGUGAGGUUCACAGUCCGAGUCAGCCCCUUUCUGCAGGCCGCCCAGCCUGGGGGCCCAGGACCCCUGGAGGGGGCGCCACGGGGUCCUCUAUGGCCGGUCCUGGGAGAAGGCAGUGCUGUGUGCACUUGAAAAUCUCGCUCUGCGUUUCAGCCUUGGGGGGA